GAAGACACGUGGAGGAAAAGCACCACCUCAGUUGGAAAACUAACCUCCAUCUGGAUUUCUGGACACUUUAUCGCAGCAGAAAGACAAAAUCCCAAAAGCAGAAGUUAAAAUGAACUUGUUAGUCAUCUUCUGCAUCUUUGCAGCAAUCAGUAUUGAAGUUGCUUUUUCAAAGAAUCAGUCUAAAAAGACACUGCGCCAUAUGCAUUCUAAUCAAGAUAACCCCUCAGAGGAGUGUCAGUCUGGGGAUGGCAGCCAUUACAGGGGAAUUAUUUCCAGAACAAAGACUGGAGCCCACUGUCUUAAUUGGAAGAGGUUCAAAAACCCCUGGGGGACAUCCGUUGGACUCGGAAAUCAUAGAUACUGCAGGAACCCUGACCACAGCUUGAUGCCUUGGUGUCGUGUCAGAAGAGGGAAGAGAGUCGUGAGAGAAUUCUGUGACAUUCCUAAAUGUUCCCCACCAGUGAAACCAGCUGCUGUGGAUACAGAACUGACGUGUGGAGAGAUGCCUCAGCAGAUGAUGUAUAGAAUUGUGGGUGGUUCUUUUGUAACCAUACAGUCGCAGCCGUGGGUCGCAGCCAUUUUUCAUCGGCGCUCCAAAUUUAUUUGUGGCGGCUCGCUGAUUGCGCCAUGCUGGGUGCUGACAGCUGCACACUGCUUCCCCAAUGGUCCAGGGACCAACAUUCAACGUCUGUCAGUGUUCCUGGGGAAGAGUGCCAUCAAUGAAACAGAUGACGUCAACGAGCAGAAGUUCACCGUGGAAAAAAUUAUUCUCCAUCAAGCGUACAAUACCACCACCUAUGACAAUGACAUAGCUCUGUUGAAAAUUAAAAGCAGUGAUGGUGGAUGUGCCAUACAAACAAAAUCUACACGGACGGUUUGUCUUCCUCCACCUAAUACUCAACUUCCCGUUGGCUUUCAAUGCAUCACCGCUGGCUUUGGGAAGGAAAGAUCCGGAGGCUGGGAGUAUUCAGCGUAUUUGAAACAGGCCAGUGUGAACCUUCUCUCCCAGUCUGACUGUAAAAAAGAUCCCGUGUACGACAGUCUGAUCACUGACAACAUGUUAUGUGCCGCGGGACCCAACUGGAGCACCGAUGCCUGCGAGGGGGACUCUGGUGGUCCACUAGUAUGUGAAGCAUCUGGUCGGAUGUUUCUUUUUGGUGUGGUGAGCUGGGGCAUUGGCUGCGCUCAGCAGAACAAGCCAGGGGUUUACACUGCGCUCACCAAAUACAACAAAUGGAUUGCUGAGGGAACGGAUCUUCCAAAAUAUACAGAAGGUGUCAUGUACCCCCAAAAAUGAAAAAUGUCAAUUGUUAUAAUAUCAUUGUUGUUUUAUGUUGUAAUAUAUUUUGAAAAGGAAUAUUUGGCAACAGAGGUGAAAACUCUGCUUGCGUUCAAAGCGUGUAUACAUAUGUCGCCAUGUUGGUUUCAGUGUGCGCAGAGUGGCAGCUGAUGGGCAUUACUGGAUAUGGACAGAGAAUAUUUACUGUCAUAUUUCUUUAGGAAUAUUUUUGGUUACGUUUAUUUAUUAUGUUAGAUGUAAAAUAGCUUGAUAUGCUGUUGAAGUAGAUUCCUUUUGUAAGAUAUUUAAUUUUUUAUGUAAUUUAAUGGAAGCAUUUUGUAUUUUGCAUAGAAGCUUUGUCUCUAAUAUUUUUGUAAUAAAUUCAAGUGCUGAAAUUUCCAA